UUUUUAUUUAAAAAAUAUUUAUAAUUUUAAAAGUUAACAUCGAUAAAUAUUUAAAUAAUUAACAUAUGGAUGUAACAUUAAAUUAUAUCUAUUUAAUUUAUACUAUGUAUAAAUCUAAUGGAUCAUAUAUUGUUUAAAUUCAAUUAUUGAUAGCCUAAUAAAAAUUUAUGGGAGGCUCAAAAUUUAAAUGAUAAGAUUAAAGAUUAAAUGUAAUAUGACUUUCUAGGAAUAGGUCUAUUACAAAUACAUCAAAGUUGUGAGUUAUGUUUUAAUAUAUAAGAUAUAUAUUACAAAUUUUAUAAUGAAAUUUCCAUAUAUCCCUUCAGAAAUUAUCAGUUUUGGUGAUGCACGCUUUGGAGUUUGGAACCUCCUCACAAAACAAAGGAUAUAAAGAACAUUUUUUUGUAACUAUUACAUAUAUGCCACUACUGAAUUUAUAUAAAUCAGAAAAAUAAUUUAGAAAAUAAAAAUUUGUUAACGAAACUUCUUCCUUUUCUUUAAUUUCUAUUUUACGUCAGUUUCUUACCGCUUUUGUGUGUUAUUUCCUUUUUUGUCAUUCUUUACUUUUUUUUUGUCCACAAGUAGAUGUUUUUAGAGUCAUGUUAAUGAUAGACAGAGAGCGCUUUGCUUAUAAAGAAACUUUUCUCCUCGCCCAAGUUACUAUAGAACCCUAGAGAAACCAACCUCGUUCAUCAUAUUGUUUUUCAGAUCCGAUCUCAAUGGCACUAACAUCCCGUUCUUACCCAGUUUGUUUACCUAUGGAUACCGGUAGAUACACGACACUUGGAGGACCAAAACAACCUAGGAUUGUUUCAGUUCGUCGUGCUGCAAUAUAUCCAAGUAUAUUUGCAAAAAUCCUAGAAAAAACCGAGUCCAUGGGAGUUCCAGCGGUUGUAACCACUGCAGCUUCGGUGGCUGAAACUGCAAUGCUGGCUCGAUCGUUAGCCCAAAGCUACUUGCCUCUCGAAGUGCGACAAUACAUCUCCUAUGAAGUCCGCAGCUUCGUUAAACGCUCCAUGGCUCAUUACUUUAAUUCCUCUCAAAUGACAAUAACCAUCGAAGAGUUUGAAGGGUACAAUCACAAUGAAGUAUUUGAUGCUGCAAAGGCCUACGUAGCCACCAAGAUCUCUCAAUCUAACAAAAGAAUCAAAGUGAGUAAACACGAGAAAGAUUCCAAUUACAACGUCUCUGUAGGACGUGACGAGCAAGUUGUGGACGUUUUCAAUGGCGUCCAAUUCCAAUGGGUCCUACGUAGCCACCAUGUUGAGACAAAGAAUCAAUACUCCAAAUCCAGUUUUGAUGUCAAAUCAUUCGAGCUCAACUUCGACAAAAGAUUCAAGGACAUAGCUCUUGAAUCUUACUUGCCAUUCAUGGUGAAAAGAUCCAGGUUAAUGAAGCACGAGAAGAAGAAACUCAAGCUCUUUACUCUCGACACAAGGUACUGGGGGGACUCAUGGACCUCUGUUACUCUUGCCCAUCCUUCUACGUUCAAGACACUAGCAAUGGAUUCAGAUGUCAAGAGAAGUGUGAUGGAAGAUCUUGACAAGUUUGUGAAACGGAGUGAGUACUAUAAGAGAGUUGGUAAGGCUUGGAAGAGAGGGUACUUGUUAUACGGUCCACCAGGGACAGGGAAGUCAAGCUUGAUUGCAGCCAUGGCUAACCAUCUCAACUUCGAUAUUUAUGACUUAGAGUUGACUGCUGUUGUAGACAAUUCCGAGCUCAGAAGGUUGUUGAUUGACACUGGUAAUCGUUCAAUUCUUGUGGUGGAAGAUAUCGACUGCUCCAUCACGUUGAAUAACAGGACAACUGAUGAACCUAAGGAAUCAAGAAACAAGAAAGUGACACUCUCUGGACUACUAAACUUCACUGAUGGUUUAUGGUCAAGCUGCGGCGACCAACGGAUCAUAAUAUUCACAACCAAUUACAAAGACAAACUAGACCCUGCGUUGUUGAGGCCAGGACGUAUGGAUGUGCACAUCCACAUGUCAUACUGCACUCCGAGUACUUUCAAGGCUCUUGCUUGGAACUAUCUAGAGAUAAAAGAACACCCUCUUUUCAGCAAGAUCGUGGAAGGUAUCGAAGCGACAGAGGUUACUCCAGCAGAUGUAGCUGAACAACUUAUGAGGAAUGAGUCUGUUGAUAGUAUUCUUGAGGGGUUGGUUGAGUUCUUGGAAGCCAAGAAGAUCAAGAACGAACAAGACAAGGCCAAAACUGAAGAGGCUGAUUUGGAGAACAAGAAAAAGACCACUAAGGGGAAAAAUUCAAAGGUCAAGAAAAAAUAGAUGAGAUUGACGAAGAAAUUACUAUUUGUGAGGAAUGAUCUUUUCACAU